UUGACAAGUUCUCGAGGAACUUCAAAAGACAAAACAAGCAAAAGUGAAUCUGUAAAAGUCCAAGAAUUAAAUUGAAACUAACAUUGUUCGAACAGCCAGUUUUACUACCGUGUUCUUAGGUCAUAAACAUUAGAUGUGAUUACGUGUUACUAUAAAAGACGCAAAGUAACUUCUACGAUCUACCACUUCUAGAUAAACUAAUAGUGAGUAGGUUUAAAGCGUAAACAGUGAACUUUUUACCCGAAAAGAUUAGAUAAAACCUCGCAAGUAACAAAUCAAAUUGUAAACAGACAUAAUGAGUGAGCCAAUGAAAAUAUAUGACGUGAACUCUGACCACAGCUUAUCAAACGCUAGCGUAAUGGGUCCAGCUGAAGUCCCCUCGUUCAGAAACCCUAUUCCUGGUACAUCUGGGAUUGGUGCCCCUGUGUUACCACCACGACCAGAUUUGACUAUGCAGACAAGCUAUGGGAUGAAUAAUGGCAUGUCUUACGGCGGUAUGGGAGGAUAUGGGAUGGGAUAUGGAGGAUACGGUGGAUAUGGUAUGGGUGGAAUGGGAGGAAUGGGAAUGGGGAUGGGCUUGAGUCCAUAUGGAGGAUAUAACAGAUAUGGUCCAAUGCACGGUGAUAUAGAGAACAGAUUUAUCCAAAUGGCAGAAGAGAACUCAAGACCAGCAUUUGACUCUAUACAGAGUGUAGUGAGUGCAGUGGGCAGUGUAGCCAUGAUGCUAGAGAGCACAUUCUUUGCAUUGACCAGCUCUUUUAGAGCUAUUCUAGGUGUAGCGGAAAACUUUGGUCGACUGAGGUCAUUAUUUGCCCAAUUCUGGUCUACAUUUGCUGUAGUGCGCAGCUUAAACUGGCUUGUGAGAAAACUACUUGUUUUACUGGGAAUCAGAACAGAAUGUGAAUUCAAGGCGUGGGCAGAAGCAGUGCAAGCCACGCAGGCCGGAUCCGCUAGCCCCGAGCAAAAAGCCAAAGGUUCCAGCUGGCCUAUACUCCUAUUCUUCGGAGUGAUCGCCGCGGCGCCCUACAUAGUCUUGAAGAUGUUGAACGGCCUUUCAUCAAGUAUACAUGAAAAGUUGCAAGACCCAUCAACCUGGCAAAAUCCCCUUCGAGCGGUCGCCCACCAUGAUUUCCAAGCAACGUCUCCCCAAGAGAUCAGCUUCUGCGCAAAUCAAGUGUUAACCCUCGCUCCACAACAUCUCCAAGGUCACUUCUGGAACUCCGGAUGGUUAAUGGCAUCAACAGACAGACAGACAGCCGGUCUAGUCCCUGUCAACUAUAUAAAAGUCGUGAAACCUACAAACCAAAUUGAGAACAAUGUUGCUAGUACAAAUGUGUCAAAUGUUAAUAAUUCAAAUAUUAGUAUCCCAAAUAAACCUUUGGAAAGUGCGUCAGAUCCGGCAGUUGCGGCUGAUUUGGAGAAAAUAUAUAAUGGACAAGAACUCUAGAACUCUUAUAAAAAAGAAAAAUAAAGGUUA